CAGUUUAUAGCUCCUGUCAAACCAUGGAUACUGCAAGUCAAAUCAUGGAUACUGCAAGUCAAAGCCUGGAUCCUGCGAGAUGCCAGUCCCUGGGGCUGGGCAGAGGUCUCAAUGUCACUGAUACUCACAUGUGGAGAAACAAGAGCUCCUUGCAAAUGUGUGAGGUCCAGGCAGAACUCAACAACGUUACUCUGACUGAAGAGUCUGGUGACAAGGAGGAGUAUGAAGAAGAGGUGGCAACUAUUUCAAUGGAGCAGCAAAAGAUUGCUCUAUCAUUGGAUGAUCCUACUUCUCAUGUCAAAAUUGGAAUGGAUGCACAACAGAUACGAACUGCUAGUGAGACAGUAAGCAUUUCUGGAAUCAGGGUGAAAACCCGAACCAUUGCCUUCACUGCAACUUUCAGUGACAUCCCUCGCUUUUCUCAUAAACCAAAAGAGCUAUUAAGUGUAAAGGCUGAUGGCAGAAUGUACACACAAUUUGAAGACAACAUCUCCACUUGGAUUUACGAUCGUGUUUUGGACAGGUACCCAGUAGAGUAUUCAAAACAUGAACAGUCUACUGACUCUAUACCUCAACAACUAUUGGAAUAUAUUGAGAAGGCAAACGAUGAGGGGAAGAAAGGAAUUUUUGACGAUUGCAAAGCGUUUGUGCAGAAUUUCGGGCUCACACACUACGUGAGUGCUGUAGAGCUGGGUGCCAUAGAAUACCAGGUGGUGACUUCCAGCCUUGAAAAGACAAAACGUAAAAUUGGAGCAGAAAUUGGAGCAAGUCAAUUUGCUUCUGGAAAGCUGUCGGCCUCCAAAGAGAAAGUCCAGGUUCACAAGUCAAGAAUUGCUCGAAUGAUAGGGAGGAUUAUGGACAACGGUAGGGUCACAAGAAAUUCAGAAGAUGAAGCUGUUAUAGGCUUUCAAAUUCGGCCAAUUUACGAGCUAGUUCACAAUCACAUUCUACAAACGGCCCUCCAACGAGCUGUGCAGAGUUACAUUCUCAAGAGAGGUGACACUUUUGAGGGUCCUUUCCUCAUCUCCUGCACUGUUGGAAGAGAAGACGUGUACUGGGCUAUUGAAGACAAUGAGGAAAAUGAAAAUUUACUCAUAUGCGGAACAGAUGAUCCUGACAAAGCAUCUCAAUUCUACAUCACCCAAACAGGAGAUUCAGCUCAUCCUAAUGAGUUCCUCAUCGCCUACUGGGUAGGUCAUCGAAAAAAACGAGAGGAAAUAAAGUACCCACUGAGUACUAUGCGAGAUGAAUAUGAUAGUUACAAAAAAAGCAAGCCCUCUCUACCACUCUAUGUGUCCAGUGGUUUCAGUUUCGGUCGUAGCAACGGGCCAUUACAACUGAAACCUGCAGUCCAAGUGCACCAAGCCAGAUUCUGUCUCCAUAGUCGAGUGCAGACGAGAUAUUCCUACCUAAUGUGUAGGUCCACUCCAGUCAGUCACCGUGAAUGGAAGGAGGGGGAACAGUUCUAUAUCAACUGCAGUCGACAGUCUCUCCUUAUCGAUGGAUACGUAGCCAUGCUCAAAAACGAGGAUCAAAUAUUCGAGACAACCACGUUGAGUUUCAUAAAAGAAUCAAAUAAGCUGGGCAUGCUAUUUCGUUUGAACCCUCCUCCUCCUAUGGCAAAGGAAACAAUAACCAGUGGUGCGAAAUUGUCCAAGAAACUGAGGAUGAUGAAUCUUCCCCGGCAUCCUCCCAUUGCUAGUACGCUGGCGUUAGAAACAACCACCAGUGAUGCGGAAUUUGCCGACAAAAUAGUUGCUAGUGGUGGUGCUGAAAGGGCUCCUUUAGGCAAUCAAGACCAAGAUGAAGAUGGAGGUGAUGAAGAGGUCAGUAUCAACACUGAUCAAUUAGCUAUACCUCGGAGAGGACUAACGACCCAUGCACAACAAUUUGAGCAAUAUUUUGGAAAAAUAGAUGACUAAAUUAGCCAUACUUUUCGGUACUCCCUAUAGAUAGUUUGAUUGUAUUCAGUAUUAUAGCCAUUGUAUUUGGUGUGUGCAAAAUAAAUGGCCACUUUGAGUAAACUGUCAUACACCCACA